AUGUACAAAAACAAACACGAAAAGCGCCAAAGGCACAAAGGAUUUUUGAAGGAUUGUCCAAACGGUCUCCUUACCGAACAGGGAUUUAUAAAGAUUUACAAGCAAUUCUUCCCUCAAGGUGACCCGAGCAAAUUCGCCUCGCUGGUGUUUCGAGUGUUCGACGAAAAUAAUGAUGGAUCAAUCGAGUUUGAGGAAUUUAUUCGAGCGUUAUCGGUGACGUCACGGGGAAAUUUAGACGAAAAAUUACAUUGGGCCUUCCGUCUAUAUGACGUUGACAACGACGGCUACAUCACACGGGAAGAGAUGUACAACAUAGUUGACGCAAUAUAUCAGAUGGUGGGACAAACGCCGCAGCCAGAAGACGAGAACACCCCGCAGAAGCGUGUCGACAAGAUCUUCGACCAAAUGGACAAAAAUCACGAUGACCGGCUGACCUUGGAGGAAUUCCGCGAGGGUAGCAAAGCCGAUCCCCGCAUCGUCCAGGCGCUCUCCCUAGGGGGCGAUUAA